CUAGCCCUGUUUCUUCUUCUUCUAUUUAGCUUCCAGUAGCUGUUCCAUUGGAACAUACCCGAUCAGGCAUCAUGAGCAGACUAAUGAUGCUACCCAUCACCUACAUUUUACUCGUGUUGAUGAUCCAGACCCAUGAUAAGUCAUUUUCUGGUUAUGCAUCCCCUGCCGAAGCGAACGUUCGAUUGAAAUUAAUCCACUCCGGAGCAUACGCUCCCAAGUCUGAUUAUGAUCAGAUGGAGCGUAUCCAGGAGCUUGUUCAUAGCGACAUUGUCCGUCAGGGCAUCAUGUUCAGUAGGCACCGCGAGAGCACGAGGAGGAAGGCGUGGGAAAAGCCGAGACCCCGAACCAACGUCUCCAUAGAGAUGCCCAUUUCCUCAGGUCGGGACUAUGGAACGGGCCAGUACUUCGUGGAAGUGAAAGUCGGGACCCCCCCUCAGAAGAUGUUGCUGAUUGCAGAUACCGGAAGCGAACUGACCUGGAUGAGCUGCAAGCGCCGCAACCGGAGAAGAGGAUUCCGGCCAACUCGAUCCUCCACCUUCAAGACUGUUCCUUGCUCGUCUCGUACUUGUAAGAUUGACUUCAUGGAUCUCUUCUCGCUUGCUCGGUGCCCCACCCCAUCUACACCCUGUUCCUAUGAUUACAGAUACUCGGACGGGUCGGGUGCGUUGGGGAUCUUUGCGCGAGAGACGGUAACGGCGGAUAUCGCAAAUGGGAAGGGGAGGGCGACCAAGGUAAAAGACGUGGUGGUUGGAUGUACCCUGACUAUACGAGGUCAGAGCUUCCAGGGAGCCGACGGGGUGUUGGGCUUGGCGUACAACAACUACUCCUUUGCGAACAGGGCCUCACGCAUGUUCGGCGGAACCUUCUCGUAUUGCCUUGUUGAUCAUCUAAGCCACAACUACCUCUCCAAUUAUCUCACUUUUGGAGGCGUGGGCGCUGCGAGCCAUUCACCAUUGCUUUCACAUAUGCGUUACACCAAGCUUGAUCUGACCAGCCUCAGCCCCUUCUAUGCUGUGAAUGUAAAGGGCAUAUCCAUCAACGGAGCAUUGCUAAAGAUCCCCUCCCUAAUAUGGGCGGCCCAUCGCGGUGGCGGGACGAUCGUUGAUUCUGGAACGAGCCUGACGUUUCUAACGGAACCGGCUUACAGGGCUGUCGUGGGUGCUCUAGGAUGGGCACUGUCCAAGAGACUUGAGAGGACGAAGUUGGACGGGGGAGGGCCUUUGGAGUACUGCUACAGGUACAACAGCACAGGCUCCUGGUCUGGGUUCGACGAAUCGUGGGUGCCGAGGCUUGCAAUACACUUUGGUGAUGGCGCUCGGUUCGAUCCUCCGGUGAAAAGCUACGUGAUCGAUGCAGCUCCAGGGGUGAAAUGUCUGGGGUUCGUGUCGACGGCAUGGCCUGGCGUAUCUGUGAUUGGCAACAUCAUGCAACAGAAUCAUGUAUGGGAGUUUAACUUGGUCCAAAGCGUGUUGGGUUAUGCACCCUCCACUUGCAACUCCACAUGAAUUCGUUCCGGAAUUUGUACUUAGCCUCGCCUCACACUACUCUGCCACUCCCCUGUUUUACUUUUACACACUUUUGUGUUUCAUAUAUAUAUCACAUACAAACUACUCAAAUGACUCCGA